CGCGCGCCACCAGAGCCAGCGCAGGAGCCGGCGCUCGCGCAGCCGAAGCGGCGGCAGCUCGCACAGCCGGAGUACGUCGCGCUCGACGUCGCCGUCGCUGGACGAGAUGCUCCUCGAGGCCGCCGACGGCAGCGAGGAGCGUGAGCGCAGGAGGUCUGGCAGCCCGGACUACCGCGAUCGGCGGAGGGAGCGGUACCCGCCGGGCGCGUACGGGGUGAACGGCCAUUAUGGUGCGCCGCCGCCGCACGCGAUGGGACCUGGCUCGUACCACGCCGGAUACCCGCACGCGUCGGGCGCGAUGCCGCCUGGCCCGCUUCCCGCGCCCGGUCAACUGCAAACGUAUCAGACGCAUAUUUUCGCUCCACCCGUGACGGGCGCGCCCGUCAAGAAGCCCAAGGGCGGCGCACCGCCGAUGCCGCUCCCCGGUCCCGGAACAGCGCCCCAAGGGCACGCCGUUCAACAACAGCCUCUCGUCCCCGCCGGCAGCACCGGUAGCGUGAUGACGCUCGGUCCCAACGGAUCCGUCAUCUCCGGCCCAUCGACCGUGGGCGGCCCCGGCGGCUUCCCGCCGACGAACAACUCUGGGCAGCGCAUCUGCCGCCAGUGCGGUGUCGCGGGGCGUUACAAGGACGGCAAGUGCGUCGAGAAGUGGGGGCCGGGACCCGAGGGCCCGGGCACGGUGUGCGACCGAUGCCGGAAGAAGAUGAAGAGGGUGGAGAGGAGGGGGACGAUGGAGGCACAGCAGAUCGCGCGAGGGGACGCGGCCGCGCUUGCGCAUCACCAUUCGAUACCGAGGCAGCCGCCGACGGCGGUUGGGCUGCAGAGGACGGGGACGGAGGCGUUGAGCGUGCCUGCGCCGCAGGGACCGGGCCUCGGGCCUCACGGCACGCAGCUGCUGUCGCCUCGAGGGUCGUUUCGCGAGGUGACGAAUACCGGCGUCGGCGCCGCCGUGAACGGUACAUCGGCACGCAAGUCUUCGUCGCCUUACACGUCCGCGCGUCGUCAUUUCUCCCCGCCUUAUGGACACGGCACGUCGGAUCGCCACCGCGCCAAGUCGCAUUCGGGGUCGAGCGUGAGCGGGUCGCCGUUGAGCCAGCCUUCUGGCGCGAGCAGCACCGAGAAGGUUCCCUCGCCCGAGCUGAGGGACUCGCGCACCGGCAAUAACGCCAUGGAGGUGGACGAGGGGGAUGCGGAUGCGGAAGGCGACGAGAUCGACGCGGACGCGGACGGGGAGACCAACGUCGAGGGUGAGGCCGAGGUUGACGCUGAGGCCGACGCCGAUGCCGAGUUGCUUGAGGCGGUCGACGCGGCCGAAGCUGCUCAUGCUGGCGACGACUGAGCGCCUCCGAGGUUUUUUUUUUCGUUCGUCAUUUUUGUUCGCUGCCCCCCCCCCCCCCCACUGCUUUCGGUUUCGUUGCAUAUGCCAUUUGUUGUCUCUCGUCCAUCGCACUGAUUUGUACCGAAGCCAUUUUUUUCCACCUCAGUUUUGUGCCAUGUUGUAUCAUAUCUAUCUUAUC